GAAAAUUUUAUGUGUAAUUUGUAUGUGUUUGUGACGUGGCGAAGCUGUAGUCAUCGCUAGAGUGACUGGUUGGUUAUCUCAUCUAAAUCGACGAUAAUCUACUUCGCUGUUUUAUUUAGGCAGAAUUUCAUCAGAUCAAAAUGUGGAAGGGACUUUUGAUAUUAACAUUUGUGAUUUUUACUCUGAUAUUCGUGGUGAAAGGAGAUGAACAUACCCACGAAUAUGAAGACAAGGAAGAGGUUGUCCUGUGGAUGAACACGGUAGGUCCGUACCACAAUCGACAGGAGACAUACAGUUACUUCUCCCUCCCGUUCUGUAGAGGGCCCCAGCAGGGCAUCAGCCAUUACCAUGAAACUCUUGGCGAGGCGUUGCAGGGCGUCGAGCUCGAGUUCAGCGGGCUUGACAUCGAUUUCAAGUUGGAUAAAUCCCAGACUCAGUACUGUGAGAUUGAGGUCACAGACGAGAUCCUGAGAGCUUUCUCGUAUGCCGUCAAGAAUCAUUAUUGGUACCAGAUGUAUAUUGAUGAUCUACCCAUCUGGGGUAUCAUUGGAGAGGCAGAUGACAAUGGUCAGGACUACCAUAUCUGGACGCACAAGAAACUGGACAUCGGCUACAACGGCAACCAGAUCGUCGAUGUCAACUUGACCUCCGAGGUCAAGGUCAAACUCGAGAAGGGGAUCAAGAUUCCGUUCACGUAUCAGAUUCAGUGGAAAAAGUCUGCUGUCACCUUCAAGAAGCGAUUUGACAAGUACCUUGAUCCCAACUUCUUCCAACACAGGAUUCAUUGGUUUUCCAUCUUUAAUUCCUUCAUGAUGGUCAUCUUCUUGGUUGGCCUUGUCUCUAUGAUUCUCAUGAGGACUCUGAGGAAAGACUACGCUCGUUACAGCAGGGAUGAUGAUCUGGAUGACAUGGAACGUGACCUUGGUGAUGAGUAUGGAUGGAAGCAGGUUCAUGGGGAUGUGUUCAGACCUCCAACGUACCCUUCUGUAUUCUCUUCAUUGAUAGGCAAUGGAUAUCACAUGUGUACUGUAGUACUCUCUGUCAUUGUUUUCUGCAUUUGGGGACAUCUAUACACAGACCGUGGAUCCAUCCUCAGUACAGCCAUCUUUGCCUAUGCUGCUACAGCGCCUGUGAACGGUUAUUAUGGAGGAGGACUUUAUUCAAGAAUAGGAGGUAAAUCAUGGAUCAAACAGAUGGUAUUGGGUGCUUUUCUUGUUCCAAUGAGCGUUUGUGGUGUUGCUUUCUUAAUCAAUUUCAUCGCUAUGUAUUAUCAUGCAUCAAGAGCUAUCCCAUUAGGCACUAUGCUUGCAGUGACAGCUAUCUGCCUGUUUGUGAUCUUACCCCUCAAUCUUGUGGGUACCAUCCUGGGUAGGGCCUUAGCCGGUCAACCAAACCACCCGUGCAGGGUCAACGCAGUGCCACGCCCCAUCCCAGAGAAGAAAUGGUUCAUGGAACCUUUGGUCAUCGUGCUGCUUGGGGGCGUUCUACCCUUCGGUUCUAUCUUCAUUGAAAUGUAUUUCAUCUUCACAUCUUUCUGGGCCUACAAGAUCUACUAUGUCUUUGGCUUCAUGUUGCUGGUAUUUGGCAUCCUGGCCGUUGUGACGAUAUGCGUCACCAUCGUCUGUACCUACUUCUUGCUCAAUGCAGAGGACUAUCGUUGGCAGUGGACAAGCUUCCUGGCAGCGGCCUCUACAUCCUUCUAUGUCUACCUGUAUAGUUUCUAUUACUUCCUCUUCAAAACAAAAAUGUAUGGCUUGUUUCAAACAACGUUUUACUUUGGUUACAUGGCACUGUUCAGCUUAGCACUGGGAGUGAUGUGUGGAACCAUCGGCUACGUCGGUACAGGAACUUUUGUAAGAAAGAUCUACUCCACCGUCAAAAUAGAUUAGAGCAGUUUUGGAGUGGAUCGGCCAUCUGGCUACGUGCACCAGGAUUUGAAUUGGCUGUGGAAUGGAGAAAAGAUUUGAAUCUUGAUUUGGUGGAAAUGGAACUAUAAUUGUCGAGGCUGGUUAUGGAUUUAUAAGGCAUGUACAACUACUCAUCUGUUAAAACAGAAAGGCAUUAAAACUUGUAUUUUGUAUGACUCAGUUUUAUUUACAAUGUCUUAGUGCCCUUCUGUCUUUGAAAAAAAGUGAGGAAAUUGAAAGAUGUGGAAAGAUUGCUUCAGUGUAUUCCAUUGUUUCAGAGAAUGCCAGUUGUAUUUUCAAGCUAGUCUGCACCCAUGCACACCCAGUGUUAGCAAAUGUUCAAUUAACCUGUGUUGUUUUGUUUGAUUGUACAUUGGUAGAUACUGAGUAAUUAAGGGGAGAAAGAAAAGGGAAAGGAAGAUGAGAAAAUGAAAACAAAAGAUACAGGGAAAGAGAUAUUGAGAUAAAUGGGGAAAAAUGUCUCAAAAUUAUCGUCUGGUGCAAGUGCUUCUCAACUGGUGACGUUAACUCUUUGGAUGCAGCGCUUGAAAGAUUCUGACAAAAAGUGUCUUUCUCAUUCAAAUUUAUUAUUACUCUUCUGCUCUGAUAAGCCACUGCAGACCUUGAUGUUAAAAUGGGUUGAGAACCACAAAGCCAGUUUGAAUUCGGAUCCUUACAAAGUGCUAAUUCUAAGCUUAAUUAGACCAUUUCAGUAAAUAGAUUGGCAUUCCUAUAUUGAGGAAUAGACAAGGAAGAUAGAGAUGUUGAGAGUUUGAGAAAGAAAGACAAAACCAGAAGAUGGUCGAGCCAGUCUAAUGUUGAUUAUGUAUCAUAAGACAUGUGAAGCUACAUCUUGAUCUAUUUUAUGACGUGACAAUUUUCACUGCAUAAGCAUAGAAGAAUAUCACUGAAUAUAUUUAUAACAAAUAUUGAGGAGGCUUAAAUGAAUUCAUGUACCAUUUGAUUAAUCAACAAGUUUAGUAUUGAUUUAAAAAUAGGUUUGGAAAUAAGUUUAAGAGCGCUUUGAAAGUCUCUAAUUCGAGUAUUAGAUGUUUAUAUAUUUAAGAAUAUAGCAUUGAGAUUUGAAAAUAUAUAUAUUUUAUUUCAGUCAGUUAAUUUUUUUUCACAAUGAAUUUUUUAUUUCUGUUUUCCUUUUUUAUGCUUUGUUUUGUGUCGUGCUUUUCUAUUUUGAGUUUUAUGGUGUUGGAAAACUGCGGAAUAACUGGAGUUCGUUUUCUUCAUGUUCUAAAAAUAUUUUUCUCUAUUACUUGACAUGAAAGAUAAAUGAUUACUUUUCAAAAGGUUGUUUGACCUUUUCCUUUAACUAUCAAUCUCAAUGAUAUUUAAGUAAAAGUGAAAUGCAGUCUCAGAAAUAAUUAGAAAUAAGAUAUUUAUGUGUUGAAAAGGGAGGUUCACUUCUGUUCGCAAUGAUUCAUUUAAUCUUAUGGAGGAUGUGUUUGUAGUUAAUGUUCAGUAGCACAUAUUAAUUGUAUGUAUGCUUUCCACACGUAUGUAUGCUUACUACACGUUUGUACUUUAGAACAACUUGACCUGUGAAUAGUCUUUGCCGUAAAAUAUUUGAGGUUAAAAUUUGAUGAUGUCGAAUUUCUCACCAAGGUAUAUGUUGAUUUAAUUUGCAUAGUAAUGUAAUAUGAAUUUGUUGGAUUUUGGGUAAGUUUCGGGUUUGUUUUUCUCUUUUCUAAAGAUUGAUUUUGCUGCAUGAAUGCCUGUAUUGUGUAGCAAUUACAGGGCUGACUGGCAGUUUUUGUUCUUUUUGAAAGGAUUGGGUAAUGGAGAGUAAUUCUUACAUGUAAUUAGGCAGGGCUAAUUGAUGCAUCGACUGAUUAAAUUCCUGGUUUGUGGGAUUACAAGACCUGGAGCCUGCAACACAAAGCUUAGCAAUGAUCGAACAUUUUUUAAAAAUUGAUUGUAUUGCGUAAAAUUUACAUUCAAUCAUGAAAAUCAAGCGCGAUCAAUCACUGACUUGUGUGUUAACGGGACCCUGGGCGGUGUUUCACAAGUGCAUGUAAUUUGGUUGAUGGCUACGCGGGUACUGUGGUGCAUUUCAUACCAUAUGGUACGGGAAUUGAAGUGCGAUUUUAAGUCACAUUUAGAUAUUUGUGGAACAGCCCCUAUUUUGGAUAACCGGUAGCCAUUGUCUGGUUGGUAUGAUGCUUUGGUAAGCUCUGUGUGUUAAGAAGAAGUGCAAUAGAGUUGCCGUUCCAGGAUCGCACCAUUAUGGUUCACACAGCUUGAAUUGCCUGGGCUAUCUAUGUAGGGGCAUCGUGGUCUAGUGGUUCUGACUCCCGCUUUGGCAAGAAGUUUAUCCACACUUUGCUGCUGCACUCGACCCAGUGGAGGUAAAUGGGUACCGGCAUGAAGUAUUUCCUCAAAAAGCUUUGGGCACCAGAAUCGGUAGACCAGCUUAGCCAGGGUAAUAUAGGAGCGCCUUGAGCACCUACUAAGCAAGGUGGAUAUGUGCGCUAUACAAAUCCUAUAUUAUUUCUAUCUUGUUGGUCUUAGAAGCUUUUAUAAUGGGAUUUUCUCAUGAGAUCACCAAUUUGCACAUAAUAUGAUAUUGAAUGAUCUGUAAUGGGGUUAGUUGAUAUGUCAUUGUUGGUAUGCCAGACAGCUCAAGCAAAAAGUCCUUCUGAAUUAGUCUGUUAAUUUGUGGAAAGGAAUGUAAUUUGAACCAAUUUUAUUCCUACGAUAGGGUUUAUUUGAAUCCUUAUUAGAGUUAUUCACAUUUCUCCACAAUGCAUAUCGUUCCAUUAUGCUCACAAUUUAAGAGACGGUGUCAAUAUUUGUUUGUUUUCCUCAAAUUUUUGUAUGUAUGUUGUUUGCCCACAAAGCUCAUUAAAUUUUUUGGCUUGAGUUGGUGAGACAGACAUUCACAUUAUUGUGUCAAAACUUACAAAUAUUACGAUAAAGAAUUUAAUAACAGUAAAUUCAAGUAUUUUUCUAUUCAAUUGGUUCUAAGCGAGUUAUAGGAUUUAGACAUACCAUCUUUAUAAAUCUCUAUUUUGGCCUACUGCAUGUCUUGCAUCAUUUAAGAGCAUGCCAAAGAUUCGUUCGUUUCAUUUUCUUUUUUUUUUAACCUAGAAUGUUUUAUAUGCUUUCAUUUUCAUGUAAUCCAUUAAUGAAAAGUGCCUGUACUUCUGAAAGCAUUUGGUAUUGUUUUGUAAGCUUGGGACUCGUUAACAAAAUUUGACUCUCAAAUUUAUUUCCACUGCAAGAGUGACAAGUUUGGUAGUGUUCUCUGUGAUCAAUUGUAGUAGUGAGAUUAGAAAUGUUUCAAAAAGUAGAAAGAUGGAGACUGCGAGAGAAACAGAGGUGAGCAGAUGGCAUACAUUAUUCAUCUUACUAUCUAAACAUUAACCUGAUGUAGGUUUUAAUAAUUGGCAUUGCCUGGGCACUUGAAAAUGAUCAUAGUUGAUUGUUAAACAUUGGUUUCAAGCAACAAAAUGUCUAAGCCUACCCAUGAACCACCUAGCACUUAAACUUGUGCCAUAUUUUACAGUUGCAAUGAAAGAGGUCUCUUUGUUCAUUGGUUUAGUCUUACAUGGUGUCUAUCUCAGAUUUUUGUGGGAAUGAUUUGUCCCUUUUACUCCCUUUCAUACAUAUCAUGGUCCUGUUUAGUAAGCAUUGGUGUCAUUACCCAAUGCUAAGUGUAAAUGAUAAUAUAGCUCCCAGCUCUUUAAAUGCCUUAGUUUCGAUAACACUGUAAAAAUGAAACUACAGUGUUUACUUUAAACACCAGUCAUUGUAGUGUUAGAGGAACACACAUUUGGGUGGUAAAGAUACACCAUGGAGUUUGAAUUUAACACCAAAUUGUGUCAUAUUAGUAUACAACACCAAGGAGUGUCAUAUUCAGGUGUUAAAAAUACACCACAGCUUGAGUAUAGCACUCAAUAUUGUUGAUAUAACCAACUGAUUUACACCAAUGGAUGUUAAACUAAAACCAAAAAAGUCACUGGUGUGGAAUGCUUGCAGUCCUCUGUACAACACUGACUGGUCUCUGUAGCAAAAUUUAACUCAUUUCUAAAUAUGAGUUUUGAAAUAGGCUGAUUGACAAACACCAAAGAAAAUGGUAAUUCAAACAUGGUUUGUUCUCUUGCACUGACAUUCAGUUACCAUUGUGAUUGUACUUGCAUAUGAUACUUUUGUUGUGUAAUAUUUGUUGUUUUGGAACUCUGUUAUUUGUGGUCUUGGGGCAAAAGGAACAAGGAACUACAUCUGCGCAUCACACACUUGUCUAAAGUUCCUUCCUUGUGCUUGUAAGGGCAGGCAAUAUUGAAUACCAAUCAUAAUUACCAGUUCAUCUCAAUACAAAGACCAUCUUCAUUCUCAAUAUUUCCAAUAUGCCUAUUAUUAUGUUCUCAUAUCUCUUUUUGCACUCUUCAUGACCAAUGUCAAAACAAAAGGAUAUGUUUAUUCUCAGUCAUGCAGUUUUGAAAAAUUUAUUUUGGGGUUCUUUUUAAAUCAUACAUUUGUGUAUUCUCAUGAUUUUUCAGAAGCACGCUGCAUGCAAAAAGGGUAACAAACUUUUCAUUCAUAUUUGCUAAAUCUUAUUUUAAUUGUUAGUUUAGUAUUUGCAAUAUAACUCAUUUGAAUCAGUAUGUAUGAGUAUAUAUAUUUUUUUUAUCUUAAUGAUUACUGUAUGAUGAAGUGAAUUGCUAUUGUAUUUCAAGGGAUAUGUUUGGCUGCUCUUGUCUCCUGAAAACAUGGUUAUGUGUUAUAACAUUUGUCCCACACUCACAUUGAUAGUUCUAAACUUUCAUAAAGUGGUAUUAUUUACCAAAGUGUAUUAUACUUUCUGUAACAUAUAUCAUUUCUACUGUGUGAAAUGUAUAGCUAAAGAGAUUAUGUAUUGCUCUGUACAUAUGAAAAUUUGAAUAGAAAUUGAUAGCUCCCCUUCGUUAUAGUUUUUGUAGAUAUAUAUUAUUAUGUAUAUUUGUUAAACAUUAUGAUCAAGUCCAAUUUUGGUUGCCAAUAGCCCGUUAAGAUGAAGUCAUUUUUGUUUUUAUUUUUCCCACAAUUUAUGGUUACUCUCUCUAUGGUUGAUAUUUAAAAUGAUAAGCAAAGAAAAUGCGCUUAUAUGUAUGUGAAGUUGAUUCUUAUUUGAUGAUUAAAUAAAUUGCCGACUUGA